AUGGCGGCCAUCUCCUCCACCUCCUACUUCUCCUCGCAGCCGCAUCUGCCGGCGUCCAGCGCCGCCGCUACAACCAGCAUCAGCAAAGGCCGGCAGCCGCGGAGGCAUCGGACGGGCAGCUGCGUCAUGCUCGAGGAGGCCUCCGGUGGUGGCGCGGUGGGGAGGAGGACGAGGAGCCUCACGGAGGAGGACCUGGAGGAGCUCAAGGGCUGCCUCGACCUCGGCUUCGGCUUCUCUUACCACGAGAUCCCGGACCUCUGCGGGACGCUCCCUGGGCUGGAGCUCUGCUACUCCAUGACGCGGAGGUUCCUCGACGAGCAGAGGACUCUGGUCGGGCAGCUGGAGCCGGCCGCGGUGGCGGCGCCGCCCAUCCCGGACUGGAAGAUCUCCGGCCCUGGUAAGACUUGUUUUCUGCACCCAAGUGAUGAUCCAGACCAGGUGAAAGCUCGGCUCAAGUACUGGGCACAGACAGUGGCAUGCACAGUCAAACUCUGCAGCUAG